AUGAAUAAUAAAGAACAAAUCAAUUUAUAUAUCGAAGAAAGGCAAGAUACUCUAAUUUGGACUCAAGAAGAAGUCCAACUUGAAAUAUUAGAUGAAGUUGUCACCUUUAUAUUAAAUGACAUUAAACACAAAUACUAAACUGAUGUACUAACUUUGCGUGAUGAAGAAAACUAAUAUUAUGAGUUUGAUUAAAUUAUUUAGUUCAAACGUCCACAUACUUACAUUACCAUACCCUAACGUCAUGAUGUUAAAACACUUGCAUUAGUAUUUUAUUCAAUUAUCUACAGAAUUAACUUAGACCAAAUCGUAGUGUAUAUCACAUUUCUAACGAAAAAGUUAUUGUCGAAAAAUAUAAAGGAACAAGAAGGGUUGAAAGUGUUGAUUAUUCACUUGAGGUUAUUAAGAAAAUGAAUCAAAAAUACUUAGAUACCUUAAAAGCUAUUUUUGAUGAUUUAGUAAUCCAACCAAAAAAAAGAAAUUCUCUUACUCAUGAAACUUAAUAACUGUUUGAAUAAUAGAAAAAUGAACCCGAGUCUCCAAAAUUUGGGUAAUCAGCUAAAGAUAACACUUCAUCCACUUAGAUUUAAAAAAGAACUUUAAAUGAAAGCGUUAAAAAAUGUGAACUUAAAUAGCUAACUAUAGAAGAUGUAUGUAGCCAUUUUUUAUAAUUUAUAGGUAUCAAAACAUAACACAAGUGAUUCAGCAUGGAUAGUUAUAAAUUCUAAAGUUUAUGAUGUUACUCACUAUUUAAAUAAACAUCCAGGAGGAAGAGAAUAAUUAAUGAAAGGAGUAGGUACUGAUGGGACUCCUCUCUUUAUGUCACAUCAUCCUUGGGUUAAUGCUCAUUAUUUAUUAGAACAUUCUUAGGUAGGAUUCUUAAUCAAUCACAAAUGAACAAUAUGAAAUUAAUUUAUUUAUUUUAUG